AUGUCCCAAUUUCUCAGCUACCUUCCCCCUUUCGAGGGUAUUCUGCCCAAAUGGCUUGUCUUCGUCUCUGUUGUAUCCGCCCUUAACAGCCUGCAAGCCUACUGCUCAACCCAAUAUACCUCCCAACUCUACAGCAAUGGCCAGGUUCCUGCCAGCCCACUGUCUGGCCGUGUCUUCGGAACCUGGACUUUCCUGUCCGCCGUCAUUCGCAUGACCGCCGCUUACAACAUGGACAACCCUGUCGCGUACAACUUGGCGAUUUGGACUUACGGAAUCGCGCUGACACACUUUGUCGGAGAACUGGUGGUUGGAAACGCUUCUCUCAAGGGCCGCUUCUUGAGUCCCUUGAUUGUCGCUUCGGCUUCGCUUGCUUGGAUGAUCACCCAGCGUGAGGCAUACCUCGCUUAA